UCAGCUGCUGCUGCUGCUGCUCUCUCAUGUGAAGGGCUGUUAGCUGAGCCGCGCCAUGAUGAGCAUAAUAAAGCCCAGAGCAGCUCUUCAGCGGGGGAGACGGAUCAUGGACGGAAGAUGAGAAGAAAGACAGCGGCCAAACGCCUCCUGAACAACGAGCAUGAGGGAGAACCGGAGCAGGCGCAGUGUGAGGCUAUUGAGCAUAGACCGUCGAAGAUGAGGAAACAGCUGCACCCUCUGGAAGACCUGAGGCAGAAGCUAACACCAUGUGAUGGUGGUCCUCUGAAGCUCAUCUCGAGGACUUUUGAAGUUGAGAGCACAGCAGGACUGGCCAUUGCAGAUGGAGAUAUCACCAUGGAGGUGUUGGGAAAUCUCCAAACUUGCUCAAGGUCAGAACUUAUCGCCAUGGUGUUGAGCAUGCAGAGGGAGACGGACAGCCUUAGGGAGCAAAUCAAGACUCUUACAGCUUGUGGAAGGUUGGCACAGAAUCUUGAGGAGUUGGUCUCAAAGACCGAAGGGUGGUUGAACUGUUGCAGUAUAGAAAGGACUCCCAGUAUCCCGAAGGCUCAUGAAGGGAACUCUGCACCCAGUCCGGUCUCUGCUCCGGUUGUCCGAAACAACCACAGGAUAGAGCAGCAGGUCUCCACCCAGCAGGAUGGUCACGAAACGGACGAGAAAACACCAAGGAGUGAAACACCCCAUUUCCAAGAGAUUAUCCCAGCGGAGUUGCUUGAGCGCUGCAACACAGGCACCACGGCCCAGAAGCUGACCAAUGAGCUGCUGCGUGGCCUGUAUGACCGAGACUGCCUCGCUUCACACUCUAUCUCCGGUGUCGUUAACAGCAAGAGAGGACAACCCAAGCCUGCACUGCCUGCCCACGAGAUUCAGGCCAUCCUGAAAGCAGUACAGCACUACUUCCCUGGAAAGACAGACUCUGAGAUUAAGGGCUACAUCAGACAGAAGCUUCAGAAUGAAGCCAAAAGGCUAAAGAAGAAGCCAAAUCCCUCUGAGGAGUCAUUUCUUGGGCCUUAAGACUGAGUUGGUACAGAUGACAGUAAGAUCACUGACACCAGAGCUCGCCUUUCACUAAUGAAUGAAUGAAUAAAUUAAUGAAAAUUGCCUUUUCCUUGCUGUAUUUUCUGGUAAUACUGUGAGAGCUGUUGGUCCAGUUUCUUGUGGUGUGAAUAGACAUUUGUAUUAUUUUAUAUUAUAUAUAUAAUAUAUAAUCGACCAAACAAAACUGUGAACUAGUACUGAAUUGAUGUACUGAGAAGUGUUGAGCUUAGUUUUGAUAGGGGGCUAGACUUUUAGCCCAGUUAGUCCAGGUUGUUGUAGCAUUAUUGGAAGCUGUGCAUUGAUUUUUCGUAGAAAAUAAACAUUAAUAGCUAUACAUUAAUAAGUCUAUUUUGUCAAUGAGAAAGCUGUGCAGUCCUGUAUAAGAAAGGACACAAUAUAUUAUGUGUUUGUCACGUUACCACAUAUAAUGACAUAAGAGGGCAGUUGCCCAGACAGUGAUUGAAGCCCGGUCUUAGACUACUUAGAAUUUUGAAUAGGGAUUUUUCAAUUGACAGUGAAAUAAAGUAUAUGACGGCUUGAUCCCUGUCUGGGGAAACUGAUCCAAGUAGUCUGUGGAAUGUGAACAUUGUAACAUGUAAACACAUUGAUUUCUGGCUGGUAUGAUCAUGUUACCUAUUUCAUUGAAUUCUAACACGGUGUGAGUUUAAAUUGCUGUUGAAAUAUCUGUGGAUCAGAAAUGUCUCAUCUAUUUGUAACAUAUGAACCAAGCUAUACUUUAAGACUGUGAUUGUGCAAUAAAUAGCAUUUUUUUUUCAAUAAAAA